ACCAAGGCAUUUCUCCUUCAACCGCCCCCGUCGUAGCCACCAUUGGGGUUUCUCUGAAAAACGAAACUCGAGGGAAGAAAAAACCAAGGCGACCCUCAAGCUUUUCUAGGGUUCACUGCAACUAAGCUCCACCAUGUAUAGAAUCGCCGGUUCACGACUCAGGUCGCUCAAGAACCAUGCGGCCAACUUGGGGGCCUCUAGAUUUGCAACAUCCAGCGCAGUUGCUGCAAGACCAACAUCGGGGGGCUUUUUUAGCUGGCUCACUGGAGAACGUUCAAGCUCUCUUCCCCCACUGGAAAUGCCUCUAUCUGGCAUUACCCUCCCACCGCCAUUGCCUGAUUAUGUCGAACCAAGCAAGACCAAGAUUACCGCUCUUCCUAAUGGUGUCAGAAUUGCUUCGGAAACCUCUUCGAAUCCUGCAGCCUCUGUGGGGAUAUAUCUUGAUUGUGGUUCCAUAUAUGAGACCCCAUUGUCUUCCGGAGCCUCACAUUUGUUAGAAAGGUUGGCCUUCAAGAGUACCACAAAUCGUAGCCAUUUGCGGAUUGUUAGGGAAGUAGAAGCUAUUGGUGGUAACACAGGUGCCUCAGCCUCUCGGGAGCAAAUGGGAUACACUCUUGAUGCUUUAAAAACAUAUGUACCGGAAAUGGUGGAAUUGCUAGUAGACUGUGUCAGGAACCCUGCAUACUUGGAUUGGGAAAUUAAUGAAGAGCUGCAAAAGAUGAGAGCAGAACUUGGAGAACUUUCAAAUAACCCCCAGGGCUUGCUUCUUGAGGCAAUUCAUUCUGCUGGGUAUUCUGGUGCACUUGCAAAUCCUCUCGUGGCCCCAGAGUUUGCGUUAAGCAGAUUGGAUGGCACCAUUUUGGAGGAAUUUAUUGCUGAGAACUAUACUGCCCCUAGAAUUGUACUUGCAGCAUCUGGGGUUGAACAUGAGGAGCUUUUAUCCAUUGCAGAACCUCUUCUAUCUGACCUACCAAAAGUACCUAGCUCGAAAGCGCCAGAAUCUGCCUAUGUUGGAGGGGAUUAUCGUCGUCAAUCUGACUCUGGGAGCACACAUUUUGCCCUUGCUUUUGAGGUUCCUGGUGGUUGGCUUAAGGAGAAAGAUGCCAUCGUUUUGACUGUUCUUCAGAUGCUAAUGGGAGGCGGUGGUUCAUUUUCUGCUGGGGGUCCUGGUAAAGGAAUGCACUCAAGGCUAUAUCUCCGUGUCUUGAAUGAGUACCAACAGAUUCAGUCUUUUUCUGCAUUUAACAGCAUCUUCAAUAACACGGGACUAUUUGGCAUUUAUGGAAGCACUAGUUCUGACUUCGUAGCCAAAGCAGUUGAUAUUGCUGCUUCAGAACUAAUCUCAAUUGCAACUCCUGGGCAAGUUUCCGAGGUGCAGCUUAACCGCGCCAAAGAGUCUACAAAAUCUGCAGUUUUAAUGAAUCUAGAAUCUAGGAUGAUUGUGUCCGAGGAUAUCGGGAGGCAGAUUUUGACAUACGGAGAGAGGAAGCCUGUAGAGCACUUCAUAAAGGCUGUAGAUUCAAUCACUUUGAACGAUAUUACUAACAUUUCCCAGAAAGUUUUAUCAUCUCCUUUAACAAUGGCAUCCUACGGUGACGUUAUUAAUGUCCCGACGUACGAGUCUGUUAACAGCAAGUUCCACCGAAAAUGAGAUACCUGUGCAUUUUCAAGCUCAGCAUUUAUCUGAUACUUGUGUUCUUGUUGCUCUUCGCCGGGAAGCAAUUGCAGGCUUUGUACCACCAUUUGCAAUAAAAUUUUUGAAUGAAGUCUUUUAUCAGAUGAUGUAAAAUUAUCUGUUUGUUUCCAAUUCAUUCAGUUGCUCCCUCUGAAUUGUGGAGGAGUUUUUGACCUAUUUAUUUGAAUAUUAGCAUGGGCCUUUUUUUCCCUUCA